AUGCCCAUGUACUUCUUCCUCCGGCUUAUAUCCUUCCUGGAUGUUUCUACAGCAUCCAUUGUUGUUCCCAAGAUGUUAGUAAACUUCCUGUCAGAGGAGAGGAGAAUUUCCUAUGUGGGCUGUGCCACACAACUCUACUUUGUGAUUUUCUUAGGAGCUACCGAAUGCUACCUGUGCAGCCUGGCCUAUGACCGCUAUGUGGCCAUAUGCAACCCCCUUAGAUAUGCAAUCAUCAUGAACAGCAGAGCUUGUUUUUUCCUAGUCCUGCUGUCAUACAGUUUGGGUGUUCACAUUGCCAUUUGUGGGCCCAACAAGAUUAACUACUUCUUCUGAUAUUCCCCAAUCAUUAUGCUCUCCUGCACUGACACCUCCUUCUAUGAGAAGCAGACAAUUACAGCCACAGUGCUGGUCAUCUACACGUUUUGUCUCAUCCUGGUAUCCUAUGCCUGCAUCAUCUCCAGCAUUCUGAAGAUUUCCUCUGCAGAGGGAAGAUGCAAGACUUUCUCCACCUGUUUUUCACACCUUAUUGUUGUAACACUAUAUUAUGGUAGUGGGACCUUGAUUUACUUACAGCCCAAGUCCAGUAAUUCACAAGACACUAAGAAAAUCAUAGCUCUCUUUUACACAGUCAUAAUUCCUACAUUAAACCCCUUGAUUUACAGCCUGAGAACAAAGAAGUGA